UCAGAGCGGAGGAUGAGGUUGACAUUGAUGGGACAGUGGAGGAGGACUUGGGCAAAAGUAGAGAUGGCUCCCGGACAGAUGACGAGGUAGUCCAGAGGGAAGAGGAGGCUAUCCAGCUAGAUGGCCUGAACGCAGCGCAGAUAAAGGAAAUCCGGGAGAAAUCAGAAAAGCAUGUCUUCAAGGCCGAGGUGAACAGGAUGAUGAAGCUCAUCAUCAACUCCCUGUACAAGAACAAAGAGAUCUUCCUGAGGGAACUGAUCUCCAACGCUUCCGAUGCCAUGGAUAAGAUCCGGCUGCUGUCCCUGACCAAUGACGAGGCACUCACUGGUAAUGAGGAGCUGACAGUGAAAAUCAAGUCUGACAAGGAGAAGAACAUGCUCCACAUCACCGAUACUGGCAUCGGCAUGACCAAAGAAGACCUGGUCAGGAACCUGGGCACCAUCGCCAAGUCCGGCACCAGCGAGUUCCUCAACAAGAUGACAGAGAUGCAGACGGAGGGCCAGUCAACCUCUGAGCUGAUUGGUCAGUUCGGCGUGGGCUUCUACUCUGCGUUCUUGGUGGCCGAUAAGGUGAUCGUAACCACGAAGCACAACAAUGGCACGCAGCACAUAUGGGAGUCUGACUCCAACGAGUUCUCCGUCAUCGAGGACCCCCGCGGGGACACCCUCGGCAGGGGCACCACCAUCACUUUGGUGAUGAAGGAGGAGGCAACAGACUACUUGGAGCUGGAGACCAUCAAGAACCUUGUGAGGAAAUACUCCCAGUUCAUCAACUUCCCCAUCUACGUAUGGAGUAGCAAGACUGAGACUGUAGAGGAGCCUAUUGAUGAGGAUGAGACAGAAGCAGAUAAGGAUGAAGACCACGUUGAGGUUGCGGUGGAGGAAUAGGAGGAGGACAAAGACAAGCCAACGACGAAGAAGGUGGCGAAGACAGUGUGGGAGUGGGAGCUGAUGAAUGACAUCAAGCCCAUCUGGCAGAGGCCUGCCAAGGAGGUGGAGGAGGACGAGUACAAGGCCUUCUACAAGACCUUCUCCAGGGACACAGACGAGCCCAUCUCCCACAUCCACUUCACAGCAGAGGGGGAGGUCACCUUCAAGUCCAUCCUCUUUGUGCCUGCCGCAGCUCCCCGGGGACUCUUCGACGAGUACGGUUCUAAGAAGAACGACUUCAUUAAGCUCUUUGUGCGUAGAGUUUACAUCACUGAUGACUUCCAUGACAUGAUGCCUAAAUACUUAAACUUUGUGAAAGGAGUGGUUGACUCCGAUGACCUUCCUCUGAACGUCUCAAGAGAAACUCUCCAGCAACACAAACUUCUCAAGGUCAUUCGCAAGAAGCUGGUGCGCAAGACCCUGGACAUGAUCAAGAAGAUCGCAGAGGAGCAGUACAAUGAGAAGUUCUGGAAGGAGUUUGGCACCAACAUCAAGCUGGGUGUGAUCGAGGACCACUCCAACCGGACCCGUCUGGCCAAGCUGCUGCGUUUCCAGACCUCCAACAGCAACACGGUGCUGGCCAGCCUGGAACAGUACGUAGAGAGGAUGAAGGAGAAACAGGAUAAGAUCUACUUCAUGGCUGGGACCAGCAGAAAGGAGGCCGAGUCGUCUCCCUUCGUGGAGAAGCUGUUGAAAAGGGGUUACGAGGUCGUCUACCUGACAGAGCCUGUGGAUGAGUACUGUAUCCAGGCCCUACCGGAGUUCGACGGCAAGCGCUUCCAGAACGUGGCCAAGGAGGGCGUCAAGUUUGACGAGAGCGACAAGACCAAGGAGAAGAGGGAGGCCCUGGAGAAGGAGUAUGAACCUCUCACAACCUGGAUGAAGGACAGGGCCCUGAAGGACAAGAUCGAGAAGGCUGUGCUGUCCCAGAGGCUGACCAACUCUCCCUGUGCCCUGGUAGCCAGCCAGUACGGCUGGUCCGGUAACAUGGAGAGGAUCAUGAAGGCACAGGCCUACCAGACAGGAAAAGACAUAUCCACAAAUUAUUAUGCAAGCCAGAAGAAAACACUCGAAAUCAACCCCAAACACCCUCUGAUUAAAGAAAUGUUGAAGAGAAUAAAUGAGAAUGCAGAGGACCAGACGGCCUCAGACCUGGCUGUGGUGCUGUUUGAGACGGCCACACUACGGUCAGGCUACCAGCUGGCUGACACCAAGGCCUAUGGAGACCGGAUAGAACGCAUGCUCCGACUCAGCAUGAACGUGGACCUCAAUGAAGAGGUACGCUCAAUAUAACUAACAUUACCCAUGUGUAAACAGGAUCUGAAUACUUACUGCUACUUCACCAAUAUAAUAAACACUGACUAUGCAAAGUGUGUUAUAAUGCAGUACAUUAUGGCUGGAUUCUGUAUACGAGAAUUGAUUUGGGGAAUGGGCACGAAGAGAUGAUAGGUAU